CAACAUUUAUGACUACAUUGUUACCAAAUAGGAAAAAACUUGUCAGCUUUUCUUUGUUAUACAGUAAUUUGAAUCCUAUUGGGUUUCUGACUGUUGGCUAUUGAGUAAACGAUUAAUCAAGAAAAUAAGCAGGAGAUUAAUUGAUAAUGAAAAUCAUUAGGCAUAGUAUAUAAAAUAGAUUUGGAAUUGUUAACGUGAACAUAUUUGAAUAUGUUUAGUGGAUGCAUGGGAGGGAGAAAUAUAAGAUUCAUUACACACAUAUUGUAGUAUAAUAAACUAAUGUUAAAUAUUUUUGUUCUAUAUCUUUUCACCACUAACACAGCAUAAAAAGACUGCAUUUAUUUUUCAUAUAAUUUUACUUACAUACUUUUGUUCAUAUUUUGUGAUUAAUCUGCUUUGCUGUAGGAUAUUCUACUGCUUUGAGCCAACAUGUUACACAUAGGUUACACAGUGAAAUUGGAUUUGUACCAGUAUGGGUAACUGUAGAUAAAUGUACAAGUGAGCUCACACUAUGAUGCUGAGUUUUCCGACAGUCAUGAAGGUAUCUUCACUGUUUGCCAAAACGCACUGAGUUCCGCUCAGCCCGGCCAAUCGUGUUGCGCUGUGGUUCAGCAGCACCAUUGCAGUGUGGGGAGAUCAUACGGAGGUGCUCGCUAAGAGAGGGAGCAUUUGGAGGAAAGAUACUCGAACUGGGUGACCGCUCCAGAAAAACACCACCCCUGCUUCCCCCGACACAGUCACCGGGUGACAUUGCCAUCACCAGCUUCAGUCCGGGUGACCGUCAGUGAGUGACAGAUGUGUGACAGUGCGGAGAACCAUUUGCCUCUCCCAGUGGAGAUCUGAGUUCUGGGAUACUGAGGCAGCCGAGGGGGGGUCUCUGAGGAAGAUGCUGGGUUCAGAGCGCGGCGUUGUCGAAGAAUGGCUCUCAGAAUUCAAGUCCUUACCAGAAACCCACAUCCCCAGCUACGCCGGCAGCCUUCAUCUAAAGAAGUCCCUGGUGCCGGCACUCUACAGAGUCAUUCAGGACCCCAACAAUGAGCUGCUGGAGCCUGUUUGCCACCAGCUAUUCGAGCUGUACCGGAGCUCCGAAGACCGCCUGCGACGUUUCACCCUGCAGUUCCUGCCUGAGCUGGUGUGGGUAUAUCUGCGUGUCACAGCCAGCAGGGAUCGCCAGAGCAAUGGCUGCAUUGAGGCCCUCCUGUUGGGCAUCUAUAACCUGGAGAUCGUGGACAAAGACGGCAACAGCAAGCUUCUGUCCUUCACAAUCCCAUCUCUGUCCAAGCCAUCGAUAUAUCACGAGCCUUCUAGUCUGGGGUCCAUAGCACUGACGGAGGGGGCUCUGUGUCAACAUGACCUGAUCAGAGUGGUGUACAGCGGCCUCCACCCUCAGAGAGAGACCUUCACAGCUCAGAACAGGUUUGAAGUGCUGUGUUUCCUCAUGCUGUGCUACAACUCUGCCGUGGUCUACAUGCCCCUUUCUUCCUAUCAGUCAGUCUGCAGAAUGAGCUCACGGUUGUGUGUAUGUGGCUUCCCCCGGCAGCAGCAGAAGCUUUGGAGGGAACCAUGCAACCGUGUGCUGCUAGACCCCGAGUUCAUGGUGCAGAUGCUGACUGCAGUUUAUCACGCCAUAUACAAUGGAGAGUGGGAGAUGGGGCGGGAAGCUCUGGAGGACAUUCUGUACAGAGCUCAGCUUGAGCUUUACUCCCAGCCUCUCCUGCUUGGGAACGCCAUGAAGAACUCGCUGCCAGAAAGUGCCCCCGAUGAACCGAGGGGGCGCAAGGUGCUCCAAGUGGAGGUGACGCCCACCAUUAGCCGCAUCUCCAUCUCAGCCAUCACCACCGCCUCCAUACGGCGCCACCGCUGGAAAAGAGAGGGCCACAAGAGGGAUCUAUUUGAUUGUUUUGACUACUCAACCGAUGCAGAGUUGAGCCUCACCGUCAAUCCUCCUAGCCUCGCCCAGCACCACCACCACAACAAUCCCUGGGACGCUGCAGCCAAAGAGGAAAGAGGAGGGCGGGCUCACAGCCACCACAGCAGCAGCAGCAGCAGCAUCAUUCCCCCCAUCACACUUGAGGAUGCUGAUGGUAUGAGCGGCGGGGAGGAUUCCUUCAACGUCAAUGACCCAGACGAGGGUUUCUCCUCCGGGGCAUCCAACAGCAGCCAGCCCAGCGGCACCAAGGCGGGCGGCAGCAUGGGGCCAAGGGGCGGGAGCCUGAACAGCAGCAGCAGCAGCAUCAAGAAAGCCAUCACUGCCCGGCUGUCUCGGGACAGGGAGAGAGAGAGAGAGCGGGAGAAGGAGAGGGAGCGAGAGAGGGCAGCGGAAAAGCAGGCAGAAUUAUCUGCAGAUCACCAGGCUGCCGUGAGGAGGCAUCACCAGAGGCAGCAGUCGCCUCCAGCCAGCAUCACCUUAGAUGCCAUCCAGCUGAGCCCCAUAAAGAAGCACCUGAGCUUCCCUGUGGGGCCCACGCUGGUGCGGACUGGCAGCACCUCCUCCAGCAAGUCCUUUGACUGCAUGAAUUUCAACCUGAACGGAGGCGAGGACGAGCGAGAGGAGGUGUUGGGUGGCUCCGACAAGGAAGGGGGGCUUCCAGCUGGCGGCUCCCACCGCCACUCAACCAUUAGCCUGCAGGAGGAGCACCUCAUCAGGCCAGAGGACGCCCAGGACCUCCUGUCUCCUGGAGCACCUCUCACCAAGCAGUCCCGCUCCCCCAGCUUCAACAUGCAGAUCAUAUCACAGGUCUAACAUGCAGUGCAGGGCACGGUAGACACACACACACACACACACACACACGCACUCAAACAAACACACACACAGUCAAACAAACAAACACACACACACAAAAUACUUACUCAUAACACACACCCUCAUGCAGAUUUUCUCUGCGACUCUUCUCAGCCCUACUCUGACAACUUCUGUCUACCUAUCUGUGUUGGUGUGUGUGGGUGUGCGUGCAUGUGUGUGUGUGUGUGUGUGUGUGUGUGUGUGUGUCUGUGCAGGAACACAUUUUCAGAUCUCAAGAGUUGUGUCUCCUCCCUUUCAUCAUCCAUUCAACUUACAAUCAUGCAGUUACUGAGAAUGCAACAAGAGAAAAGUAGUAAGUCAUGACUGCCCGCUGCUGUAUCUACAGUCGAGAGUAAAAGAGUCCAGCAUGUCACUGCAUCCUCCCGUCUGACUAAGCUGAGUGUUCCACACAGAAACUCUCCACAAAAGGAGGAAACAUCGAGAGAAAAGUCGUAAGGAUGCCACUCUAGCUGUAGGGGAUAUACGACAUUUCAGAUUUUUUGAGUUCCUGACUGAAUCAGUCAACAUGAAUCAGCAAUAACACUUACCGUCGCUCAUGCAGAGAAGAGUGGGGAUUAUUGUUCUUUCUCUUCAUUCCUUCCCUUUCAUUCCGGGGCUCACGUGCAAUCGUUCUUGCUGAUUACCUUCCUUGUUAAUUGCUGUUUUUAAUUAGGCAAAAAUGGUUUUAUGAAAAAAAAAGAAUCUUUAAAUGUUUUUUUAAAUUACAAUCCAAAGAAGGUAGCAUUUGUUUUGUUUUUUUCUUCACUUUGUUUGACAAUGAUUUUGUAGAAAUCAGUCAGACCCAAGUGAUUCUCUAGUUUUCAGCCCAUGACCCUCAUUUUAUUCUGUAAUUAUGAUAAUAACUAUCUGAUUUGAUCUAUAAAAUCAAACUUUUAAGAUUGUUGUAAAAACCAAACUGGAAUGUGGUAAGGGUUUGUCUUGCCCCAGGCUUUUAACUGGAACUACAAGAGGAAACAAAUUCGUCUUGUGACUUGAUUUAAAAUCUGAAGCUGAAUCUUGUGGAAGAACUGGAUCUAAACAUUGUAGGUUUGUGUGUGAAGCUAAAGGCAAUGACUGUAUUUUAUACUGGAUUGUUAAUCUGGUUUAAACCAUUUAAUGGGUCCUUCCACCUGAAAGCACUUGUUGGUGUUCGUCUGUGUUGAGGCUUGUGUGUGGUGUCAUUUUUGAGCCGGUGAAUUACUGCCCUCUGGAGGCUUGUACUAGUCACUGCGCAUCACCAUGACCAUGUGUUUUGUGCUCUGAUUGGAUGCUCAUGAAACAUUUUGUUCUACCUCAUUGUGUGUUCACCUGCCACUCAGACACCUGUCUCCCAAUCCGAUUCAGGAUUUAAAGACCCCGUUAGGUUUGAAACUGGAGCGCUCUACCAGUUGGGGGAUUAUAUAGUGGGGACCAAUAUGGUUUCACACUGCAACUGUAAUGACACUGUAAAAUCUUUGUGUGUUCCUGUGAGGAGUUGUGACUGAAUAUCUGGGCCUUGCAUUUCAGUUCAAUCACAUCAUGCACAAAAUCUAGCUGCAAAACAAGAACACGACUGUCUUCAGGUUUUCGUAUUUUCUGUCAUAUAUCAAACAACCACACUGGGAUUAACCUGAUUAUUUUAGUUCCCGAGAAAUGUCCUGCUUAACUCUUUUUUUUUUCUUUUUUUCUUUUUUUCUUUUUAUGUAAUGAUUUUGGAAGUGCAAUUUUUUUUAUCCUCAUGUGCAUGGAGUUGGAUCUUCUCUGUUGUUAAAUGCCUGCAUCUGCGCAGAGUGCUAGCUAGCCUUCUGUAGUGCUCCCUGCCCAGACUGACUCAUGGCGUGCUUGUCCGCAUGUUUAGUGCCCCUGCAAAGCACUGCUGUUUCAGAUGCGUGAAACAGCCAACGGGCCAAACCCAAGUCUCGUCUUUGCCAGAUGUGCCAAUACACAUCCUCUCCUUAAGGAAAUUAAUUUUUUUUGCUUGGAUGUCUUAAGUUAAAAUGCCUCUCUUUUUCUGUUUACUUGUCUUAUUUUGGCACAAUAAAAGGGAUGUUUGGACGUGUGGCUCAACGUGCCCUUAGAUGCAGCUUCACCUUUUUUGCCAUGAUAUUUCUUUUCACUCAUCACAGGUGUGUGCGACACACUGUGCUCUCACAAUCAUUACUAAGCUUUGCUGUUCACAUGUAAAAGCAGUAUAUUAUGCGUCUGUGUACUGUAGAUGUCAGCUGUUGUAUUGCAUUUACCACGUCUUGCUUAUGUGCUUGUUGAAAAUGAGGAUUGAAUGAUUAAUGUAUAUAAAAGUCAGUUCAGUCUGCAGUGAAAAUCUCACACACUCAUGCUCCUGCUGUGCUAGAAACCGCCACAGCUGCUGCUCCUGGUCCCGAGUGAGUCCUGUGUGUGCUUUAGCCUUAAACAUUUCAGGCCAAAAAGCCUUGAUCGCUGGCUCUUUGGCCUCACAACGCUCCUCCUCCUCUCCCUCCUCUUGCUGGACUGGACUGUGGAGGAGGAGGAAGGAGAAGAAGAAGAAGAAGAAGAAGAAGAAGAAGAGGAGUGUAGCUACAGUUCACACUCUCACCUGGUCUGUCUGCUGUCAUCCUUGUGCUGUGUGGCUCUCAAUGAGCCGUGUUCCCAUUUUGCUGUAUUUUGCUGUGAGUUGAGUGGCACCUUUUGCUGUUUUAAAACUGGUGACGUGUUCAUGUCAUUAAUAUGAGUGCCCCUGACCGAGAUUACCAGCAGCCAUGUUGGUACUGUAUGUUGAUUUAGCGUAAUCCCUCAGUGUCUGGUGUUAUUUGCAUGUGUUCAGGGCGGGAAAUGAACGCCAAGCAGCAAAUGUCAAUAACACAUUGGCUGUGGCUGAUUAUUUAAUCUUCCAUUCAUUUUGGCAGAAUUAUAAGAUCAGAAAUUCUCACAAGGUCCACUUACAUUUCAAAAAAAUCUUUUAGGUGGUGAAUAUGGUGGUGGUGAAAUGUCUCAUUUUGUACUUGGUCAGCCUUUGCUGCCGAUGGACAAAGUUCAUUUCCCGUCCUGCAUGUGAUAACUGUGGGCUUUGUUUUCAUACAGUAUAAUGCACUUUAAUCCAUCCACCUCUCUCCUCAAGAUAGUUAUUGAAAUGAUAUAUAUAGAUGUGCAAAUGUGUAUACACUCAAUGCAGGGUUUUAGUCUCUUUAAAGUAGUACUUCUAUGUGAUGUCACAUCCAACACAAUGCUAUUUUUGUUAGUCUAAGGGUACAGCUAUUUAUUUUUUUCCUUUCAAAACCAAAAAAGAAAAAAAAAGUUACGGGGGUCUGGAAGGUCUCAGGAGUUUAUCAAAAUGCCGGAUUUUAAAAAUGGCAGCACCAAAAUUUCUGUUCUUGAGGUCAGAAUUGAUUCUAUGCAACAUUUUUCCCCUUUUAUUUUUCCUUUAUUUUGUUUUUGGUAUACGGGCUUUCAUUGAUCCUUGUUGGGUGGGAUGGGGCAGAUGCAUUUAAGCUGAUUUUUAAGGUGCAAGUCCUCAACAGUAUCCCAAUUCAACAAUUCUGUUUAUACACCCUGUUGUGGUGCUACAGAGCGAGGGACCUCUCUCAUAUGAGUGAAAUAAGACGACCAUCCAUUUGUCAUCCGACUGCCCUCACAGAGAGAAAGCCACAACUGGACUUUUGGUGCAUGUUGAGCCCUUCUGUCAGUUUGCUGCUCUGUGGCUCAAAGACUUCAGCUGGUGUAUGAAAUGUAAACAAGAUUAUCAGUGAUGGAUCUAAUAUAGAUGCUUCUAGGGAAGCUGCUGUAAGAUGUGAUAACACUGUACUAUUGAUGUUGUAUAAAUGGAGAGAAAGACUUAUUUUAAAUCUUGUAAAUACCAAAUGUACAAAGGUGAGACCAAGAUAAAUAUAAAAAACUGAAGAUCAGACUGAUAUGUAGAGAGAAAUUAAUCUGUAUAUUGUUGAAUAAAUAUCGUGCCGUAAGGGA